GUUUGCAUAAGGAUUACAAUCGGAUUAACAUCGCUGGAGGGAAUAUAUGAAAAAAGAAAUAAUGUGAUUACCGACGAUUAGCAAGCAAGCACAUGGCCAUCCACUCCCAAAAGCACUACUUUAUAUAGGUUUGUUUAUUGACUUUAUUUCAUUUCAUCUCAUUAAACUUGUGGUCAAUAAGCUUGAGUUUUCUCUUCUCAAAUUCCAUCUCCACACACACUCAUGGCUGCUGCAAUAACUACAAUGAAAGCUUGGAGUUACUCUGAAUACGGCCACUCCAUUGAUGUUCUCAAGUUUGAUCCUAACGUUCCUUUACCUGAUGUCAAAGAUGAUCAAGUGCUCAUCAAAGUAGCUGCUGCUUCCCUUAAUCCCAUUGAUUAUAAGAGAAUGGAAGGCGGCUUCAAGAACUCUGACUCCCCUUUACCUACUGCUCCAGGGUAUGAUGUAUCUGGAGUUGUGGUUAAAGUUGGGAGUGAAGUGAAGAAAUUUAAGGUAGGGGAUGAAGUUUAUGGCGAUAUCAAUGGGAGCGCUUUGGAAUACCCAAAGGUGAUAGGUUCACUGGCAGAGUAUACUGCUGCUGAAGAGAAACUGUUGGCUCAUAAGCCCAAAAAUCUGACCUUUCCUGAAGCUGCUAGUCUUCCUCUAACAAUUGAGACUGCUUAUGAAGGUCUUCAAAGAACUGACUUCUCUGCUAAUAAAUCCAUACUUGUGCUUGGCGGUGCUGGUGGAGUUGGAACCCAUGUUAUUCAGCUUGCCAAACAUGUUUUUGGCGCUUCCAAGGUAGCAGCUACAUCUAGUACUGGGAAACUGGGAUUGUUGAGAAAGUUGGGAGCUGAUUUGCCUAUUGAUUAUACAAAGGACAAUUUUGAAGACUUGCCUGAGAAGUUUGAUGUUGUGUUUGAUACAGUAGGAGAAACUGAGAGGGCAUUCAAGGCUCUGAAAGAAGGUGGCAAAGUUGUGACAAUUGUACCACCAGGAUUUCCACCAGCAAUAUUUUUCUUACUCCCUUCAAACGGGGCUAUCUUAGAGAAACUAAAUCCUUACCUGGAGAGUGGAAAGGUGAAGGCAGUGCUUGACCCCAAAAGCCCAUUUCCAUUUUCUCAAUCUGUUGAAGCAUUUUCCUAUCUGGAAACUGGCAGAGCUACUGGAAAAGUAGUUAUCCAUCCCAUACCAUGAAGUUCGACACAAUAUUACAACCCAAUUUUAGUCCCAAAUACAAUAUCUGUACUGUCUUUGAUUUAAUGUGUGUGUGUGUUUGUUUGUUUUUGUGUAUGAUCUCUAAUUUGUGUAUCAUCUCUUCCUAGUGUGCUAUGAAGAAUGUAUCAUAGUUUGUCCUUUCUGAUUAAAUUGCUGAGAGAACACGCAAAUGGGAACAGUUUUCUUUUGAAGUUGUAUCCGGUUUGGGGUUGAAAACCCUCUACAUUUGCCUUCUGUAGUUUUGGUAAAUGGAAUAAUUGUAAAUAUAUAAUUAUUUUGUUGGCUAAAUUACAUUUGUGGUCCUUUAACUUAA